UGCUCGUCGUUCGUGCAUUGCAAUGUUACCUAUCGCAUGCCGCGCGCUUCGACGCACAAGCUGCCUAACCACGCCAUGGCGCUUCCCCAGCUCGCCGCAUCAGCGCGUCCAGCUUGCACUCGCUGGCGCACCUCGAAGCUCACAACUCGCUAUUCCUCUCCUCCGCUCGCCCCUCUCUCCCACCUCCAUCGCGCGAAGCUUCGAUUCGACUUGUCGCUGGGUCCUAUGAUACGAUCGCUCUCGUGCUGGACCCGAGCAAGACGUUCUGGACAAGGGAUCGAUCGCGCACCAUAUAAUGACGCUCUGCCAUCGCUAACUUUGUGCUUCCGAUCAGGUCCGAAUCCAGUUCACCGUCUUGUCUUCUCCUUCAGGAUCUCCACUCUUUGCGUGUCGCUAAUACUAGCAGCACGAGCGGCUGUUUACUCUCGCAAGUAAUCCACCUGUACUUUUAAUCGUCGUCAGCGUCUGCUUCAACAUCAGCAUGUAUUCGCAGCACGCAUACGGCCAGCAGCACAUGGGCAGCCAGCAGGGCUGGAGGACCAGGGACAUCGUGUUCACGGUGGCGGGCCUUGGGAUUGCCGCCACCAUCGCGACCGUCACCGUGGUGGGCGGUGGAGCCACGCUGCUCUUCUUCUCGCCCGUGCUGCUCUUCUUCUCGCCCAUCCUCGUGCCGCUGCUGCUGCUCGGAGGUGGAGCUCUGGCAUUGGCCACAGCAGCAGCAGCCACCGUAGGCACACUCGUGUGGGUGUGGAACUACUUCCGUGGGAAACAGCCGUACGGCUCUGACCAGGUGGACCGCCUCACUGGGGAUGUGAAGAGUGUCGCUGGUUACGUAUCCCACAAGGUGGCUGAUACUGCACGCUCCAUCGGCGAGACGGGCUAUGGCACGGCCAGGGACACCGCCGGACAGGCGUAUGGCACUGCGAUGGACACUGUAAGCGGCUCUGCUGGGCAGUUGUAUGGGGGAGUGAGGAGCACGGCUGCUCAGGCUGUGGGAGGUGGUGGUACGAAGCCCACUUCGGCUGCAGCUUAGAAGGAAAGACUUUGCAGUGGAGGGGGGUUGAGUUUGUGGGGGGAUGUGUAGGGUGAUGGGAGAAAUAGCGUAUAUUGUAAAUGGAAUGUACAUAAUUUUUUGCAUAUGAUGACCA